AGGCCGGCUGCUCUCGAUAACAGGUCCUUGCUCUCGAAACGCGCCGGUUAGAGUCUGCAUUCACUAAAGCACAGCUGUUUUCAAGCCUUGUUCGUUAGCUCCGGCGUGAUGUGGGCAUGAUACGCUGCUACUAAAGCCGGUGUCUGCAGCGAGUCAGGUGAUUUUUCCGCUACAACCGUGCAUCGCCGGCUGCUUGUUCGUAAGUUUGCCCGCCGAACCAGAAAGGUCAGCAAUGGCCAGUACCAGCUUCCGAGUCGCCCUCAUCCAGCUCGCAGUGAAAGCUAGCAAAGCGGAGAACCUCGCUCGCGCCGGAGUUGAAAUCAAGAAGGCUGCGACGAGCGGCGCCAAGUUCGUGUGCCUGCCCGAAUGCUUCGGCUUCCCGUACGGACCCCAAUACUUUCCCAAGUACGCCGAGUCGAUCCCCGGUGAGACCAGCGAAAUGUUGUCGCGAGCUGCGCGUGAAAACGGCGUUUAUCUCAUCGGAGGCUCCAUGGCCGAAACUGAAAACGGCAAGCUCUACAACACCUGUCUCGUCUACGGUCCCGACGGGGAGAUGCUCGCCAAGCAUCGAAAGGUUCACCUCUUCGACAUCGAUAUUCCCGGAAAGAUAACUUUCAGGGAAUCGGACAGUUUCUCGGCCGGCGACAGUCUGACGACGUUCGACACCCCUUACUGCAAGGUCGGCAUCGGAAUCUGCUACGACCUGCGCUUCGCCCAAAUGGCGCAGCUUUACGCUAAACAAGGUUGCAAGCUGCUAUUCUACCCCGGUGCCUUCAAUAUGACCACGGGACCGCUCCAUUGGGAGCUUCUGCAGCGCGGUAGGGCAGUCGACAAUCAGCUCUACGUGGCCAGUGCCUCGCCGGCUAGAGAUGAGAGCGGUUCUUACGUCGCGUGGGGUCACAGCAUGCUCGUAGAUCCCCUCGGCAAAGUCGUCGCUUCGGCGGGGGCCCAGGAAGAAACAGUCAUCGCCGAGGUAGACCUGGAGCAUCUCGAAGCCACCAGAAACCAGAUACCGAUUACGAAGCAGAAAAGGGACGACCUGUACGAUGUUGUGAGUCUAGGUGAUGGAAAACAUAUGUGAGAUAGGAGUUGCGCUUGGCAACCAUGUCGGCUAUAAACUUGGUUUUAAGGUCCACAGCGUCUUAGAGCACGAUGCUUCAGCAAUGCGAAACAAAUCUCUUAUUUACAGGUGAAAAAAUAAUAAAGCGAAUGGUGCAGUCAGAGUUUGAAAUUUGUUCGUUUUGUCAUCACCACACUAGUUUCUCUGAAUUAUACUAACAAAUAAAUCGUGUGUUUUGCAGAAA